CGUGAAAGUAUCGAGCAUACAUGGUAUGUACCUUUUUGUUUUGUUUUUGAUAAGAAUGACCGACUGAUACAGGAUUUAGUGAUGUGUACAUUGAUUUUUUUGACUGUGAACGGUGAUAGUGACAAGUUUGCGGAUGACAUCAUGUGGAUAUACUAAAAGAUUUGAUCAAGUCACCAUCAUCGUCGUCGCCCGUCGCAUCGAAACAAUUGCUUGCUUUUUACAACAGUCUACUAUGACCAAAGAGAUUAUCCGCGUUCACGUGUGAUUUUUCGAUUUUUUUCGUACGAGUUUUAUUUUUGGAAUUUUUCGUGUGUGAAGUGUUAGAAAAACUCAGUAACUGAUGAUUAUGGAGAUGACAAACGAGUUGCCUAGGUGGUACGAGAGUCCCAGGACUGGGACUUCGGCUAGUCCGGGCCAAGGAAUUGAUGGAGGGAAUUCAGACCUUAGUUCCGGUGUCGCUGAACAUAUGGGGACGUUCUUCUUGGAUCCUUCGGGUACCCAAAGGGCAGCUAGGUAUUACCACCAGACCAUGCAUUCGUCGUACGGCAGCCACGCGUCCAGGAUGUCGUCCAGUCAAGUUUGCAGGCCUCACUUUCACGCACCCCUUCACCCUUGGCUAUCUGAUAGCAAACCUCUAGCUCACUCGAGUCCCUGGGUACCAUUUGGAGGAAGUGAUCCGGACAAAUCGCAGUCCCCUAGUUCAGUACCUACGCAAGCACACAAUAUCUUCUCAUUUCCUCCAACGCCACCUAAGGACUCCACGCCGGACUCAGUAGCGCCGUCUGCCGGAGGUCCCGAAUACCAGAGCGCUGUGUCAGCUGCCAUGGGAGCCUUUAUGCACGAGAACCCCCAGUCAUGCGCAUUGGAUAUCAAACCGAGCGGAAUGGGGGGCUCGAACAACAAGCAGCGUGAAGGUAGUGAUUACGAAGGGGGCACUAUGUUUAAUGGUAACUUUGAAGGCACGUACGGGACUGCGUAUGCCCACGGUAUUCAUGGGGGCGCGUAUUCGCCCUCGAACAAGCAGCAUUUAGGGGUCAAUGGGGCGCAAGUCGUUCAGUCGCCCAAUAAGCCACGGAAUAAAUCUAGAACUAGCGCCGAGGGUAGAGAGUGCGUCAACUGCGGGGCGACAAGUACUCCACUGUGGAGAAGGGACGGCACUGGUCAUUAUCUAUGCAAUGCAUGUGGACUUUAUUACAAGAUGAAUGGACAAAACAGGCCACUCAUCAAACCCAAAAGAAGACUGAGUUUACAAAGUGCGGCGAGGCGAGCAGGAACGAGUUGCGCGAACUGCAAAACCACAACUACGACCCUCUGGAGGCGCAAUCAGAACGGGGAGCCUGUCUGUAACGCCUGCGGACUCUACUAUAAACUACACAACGUUAACAGGCCAUUGACGAUGAAAAAAGAAGGCAUUCAAACUCGCAACAGAAAACUUUCUUCAAAGAGUAAAAAGAAAAAAUCGGGUGCAUCGUGUCUGUCUUUAGGAGGCAUGAUGGGUGACAUGAUGAAGCCUUUAGAUAGUAAAGGUGCCUUUGGUGGAGGUUUCGGCGCAGGUAUGGGUGGCGGACAUCCACAUCUUAAUGCUGCUCUUCAUCCUCACCACGCUAUGACACAUUGGCAUCAGUAUCAGCAUACUCAAGGGUUCGUUUCAGGUCCACCUCCACCCGCCCCACCAUCCGCAGCUUCGUAUCACCAUCAUAUGAGUUCGUUGAGCGCUGCUGGAUUAGGAUUGACGUCAAACGGAAUGACAAGUUGGAGAUCAGAAUACACGUGAUAAGGAACAUCAGAAGCCUUUACGAGGAAUUAAUUUAUAAAAAUAUGUAGAUAUAGAAUCUAAGGUAAAGAUAAAAAUAAAACAUGAAUUUUAAAGGUGAUCAUUGUAAACUGGUCAAAAUUUCUCUGUAUACUUGUAUUUAAUUUUAUUGUAUAUUUUGUAAAAAUACAUAUAACGAUAUAAGUAAUUUUUCAGCAUUAAUUCAUUCGUAAAAAGGCAAUAAAAUGAGUUAGUAAAUUACAAGCGAAAUAGAAUAAAUGGGGCGAAAAUAUUUUAUGUUUGUGGAGUGAUGUCAAUAUUUUUUAACUUUAUUUAGAAAGUUAUUUUAGAUUUACUUAAAAUUUUAAAUUUUUACUUAAAAUUCAAUUGGGUCAAAUUUACAAUUACAUUCCGUAUAUAAAACUAUUUAAUUAAUAAUAUAACAAUUCUAGAAUUGCUAAUAAUUAUUAGUGUAAAUAGGAUAUUUCGAGGAAAAAGGUCAUUAGAGUAAGCACACAAGAUAUUGGUAUAGAAGAAAAAGAUUGAUCCAAAAAUUUGUAAAUUAUGAUUUUACGGAAAUAGUUUUGUCAUUAAUAAGGAGAAUUAACUCCGCAUUUUAUUUGCUAGAUGUUUCUACUUGGAUAUAAAUAAGAUAUCCAAUUAGUAUUUUCCCAAAUUUUGUGAUUGAAGCAGAUGCACAAUGUCUUUGUUUUAGAAGUUUAUUUGCUGAAAUGCCUAAGAACUCUUUAUAUUAAAAAAUAAAAUACAAUAAAAAAUUGGUUUGUUAAAUUUAAAAUUUAAACGUUUUAAAUUAACAACUCAAUAGUACGGGUAGUCUUACUUUGUGAGACUUAGAUCAAUAAUUCUGAAAAGUUUCUUAUCCAGCGAUUUUGUGAUCAGUUUAUAAAUGUAUAAAAAUUAAGUACAAAAACGAACAUUGUAAUGUAUUGUAAAUAGAUGUAGUUUGUCUAAAGGUAAUUUUAUAAUACAAGUGACGAUUUGUAUAUAAAAAAGUUUAAUUAUAUGUGCAAUCUUCACGUUAAAAGUAUUUAUGUAUGUAUGAGUGAGACGAAACGCGACAAUUUGCCAGAAUUUUUCAUCAAAACUUCUAGAAAUAUAAACCAACUGUAUUGAUUUGUAUCGUCGAAAUUAAUUACCAAUUGGAAGUAUUAUUUUUAGAGUCUAGAUAUAAUUUUUUAUAAGAUAGAUAAAAAUAUAGUAAGAAAACAAAAUUAAAAAUCUAAUUUAU